GUUAAUUGUUCUAAACACGACGAGGGCCACGACGACCUCUUACCGUCAUUGCCACCAACAUUUCUACCAUCUCAGACAGGAUUGCACAAUCUGACGGAAGAACGAAGUACCCGUUAGAUGAACCAUAAGAUCCCCACUAACUCCAAACAAGUCCACCGAAGAAGUUGGUCAACAGGCAUUCUGCCCUCGUCAAGUCUUCACUGCCACGAUCACCGCAGCCAUGGCACCCUCAGAACCGGAUUCUGUAGACGAACAGGAUCCUCGAAAUGCUGGAGAUGAGAAGAAACAAAAGAGCCGGAGACCAGCAAACACGGCAUUCCGGCAACAACGCUUGAAGGCAUGGCAGCCUAUCCUAACUCCGAAAACCGUUCUUCCUUUAUUCUUCAUUGUUGGAGUCAUAUUCGCACCGAUCGGAGGCCUUCUGAUAUGGGCUAGUUCUACAGUGCAAGAAGUGGUUAUCGAUUACACGAACUGCGCCACCGAAGCUCCACUUGGUGAAGCUCAGCCUAUAAACCCAGGGAGCUACAGCUCGUCAUUUCGGUCCCGAAAUAUUGAUAGGCCGUCUUGGAAGCGCCUAGAUAACGUAAAUAGAACUUUUCCGGGCGUCGCACCAGUGAACACCACCGUAUGCUCGCUGUACUUCGAGAUUCCAAAUGAUAUCGGACCCUCGGUAUUCCUCUAUUACCGUCUCACCAACUUUUACCAAAACCACAGACGAUAUGUUAAGUCCUUGGACUUGGACCAACUCAAGGGCAAGGCUCUCCCCAAUAGCACGAUAAACGGGAGCCCCUGCGACCCGCUCAGGAUUGACCCGGAGACUCAAAAGGCGUAUUACCCCUGUGGCCUCAUUGCGAACUCAGUAUUCAAUGACACUUUCUACUCCCCCGCUCUCCUUGGGACAGUGGACAACCAGUUCUAUGAAAUGACCAACAAGGGAAUAUCGUGGAGUAGCGACAAGCAAUUAUUCGGGAAGACUGAAUACAAGCCAGAACAGGUCUGGCCUCCUCCCAACUGGCGGAAGCGGUAUCCCGAUGGCUACAACAAUAAGACUCCUCCCCCUGAUUUGCAUGACAAACUGGCGAUGAGAAAUGACAAAGAUGUUAUGAAAGCUGGAAGUUAUCGGAUUGACAUAGAUAGCAAUUUCCCGGUCACCCGUUACGGAGGGACGAAAUCCAUCGUUUUGUCCACAAAUACUGUGGUGGGUGGUAAAAACCCAUUCAUGGGAAUUGCAUACGUAGUCGUUGGUGGGAUUUGCAUCAUUCUCGGCGCAUUGUUCACGCUGGCACAUUUAGUUAAGCCACGGAAACUUGGUGACCACACAUAUCUGACGUGGAAUAACGAACAGCCUAGUACAGCCACCACAACUGGCCGUGAGCCCCGGUUCGGCGGCAGGUCGUGA